CGGCUGGCGCCUUUCGCUCGCGGCGGAGGCAGCCUCUUCAGAGGCCUCCGCGCGCGGGCGGCUGGAAGCGGAGUCCGUCAUGCUGGUGGCGGUGUGCACAUUGAGCCCAGGUACAGAGAGUUUCCCCAGCUCACCCGGUCCCAGGUGAUCAAGGGUGAGUUCUUCAGUGCAACCAUGUGGUUCUGGAUUCUCUGGCGCUUUUGGCAUGACUCGGAUGCUGUGCUGGGUCACUUUCCAUAUCCAGAUCCUUCCCAAUGGACGGAUGAAGAAUUGGGUAUCCUUCCGGAUGAUGAAGACUGAAAGUGUAGACUCAACUCUUUACAAGAGCAAGGUCAGAAUUUCAAGAGAUCGUGAACUUCAUAUUGUCUAUUGAAGUUGUAAAUUAAAGUGGUUUGGUCAUGAAUGAGAAACUGAGUUACGAAUGUUUCUGACAACCA